UUAAACUGUUAUGGUGACACCACGUGACCAAACGCGGAAGAAACCCAGGAGUCAACGCUCUUCGCUGCUACGUUAUGGAUCAGUCAGACGCAACUUUUACUUUAGCCUACAUUGUAUUUACAGUUUGUGUUGUAUUUACGCCUAAUGAAUUUCGUUCGGCGGGAUUGACGAUACAGAACAUUUUCUCAGAAUGGCUUGGCAGCGAAGACAUUGGCUUUAUUCAAUAUCACAUCAAGAGAACAGCCCUAACUGUGCUAAUCCACUCCUCCUUACCGCUUGGCUACUACAUAGGAAUGUGUAUUGCUGCACCUGAAGAGAAUCUUGUGUACAUCCAUCUAGCAAGUCAGGCAUGGCAACUUUAUUUUGGACUGUCGAUGGCUUUUCAGCUUUUCAGCUUUGCUCUUGUGUUCCAUUGGUCUGAAAAUGAUUGGGCAAAUCAUCCGAUAUCUAAGACCCUUGGCAUAUUUGCCUUACCACAGUCCAGCUGGAGGGCAGUUGCAUCAUCCAUCAACACAGAAUUUCGCCGGAUUGAAAAAUUUGCUACAGGGCCACCUGAUGCCAGAGUGAUUAUCACUGAUACUUGGGUGAUGAAGGUUACAGUUUACCGCUUGUUUGUCACUCUGCAGCAGGAUGCACACUUAACUGUCAUACACUCAAAACAACAUGACCUGUCUCCUGAUUCACGCACUCCAGUUCAGAUUCUUACUCUUACUGUUGCCAGCAUCAAUCCCAGAGUCAAAUCUUUUUACAUAGGGUUGAAUUCAACAGAGUAUGCAGAGCUAUGUGAGAAAUUGCGUUCCCCAAUCAGAAAUGCUGCUAAUGUGGUUGUCCAUUUGACUCUGAGUGAGCUCUUUUUGGAGACCUUCAAAUCUCAAGUAGAGAUGAAUCAGGUUUACAGACACACAAGUGGGCAGGAAUUAGAGCCAUGUAUUGGAUGUAUGCAAGCGAGCGCCAACAUAAAACUUAUGCAACUAUGUCAAGAUGACGGUGAUGGCGAGUGCCAGCAGUGCUAUUGCCGCCCUAUGUGGUGUCUCCUUUGCAUGGGCAAAUGGUUUGCCAGCCGCCAGGACCAGACUCGCCCCGAGACAUGGCUCAGCAGCAGAGUACCUUGUCCCACUUGUAGGGCUAAGUUCUGCAUUUUAGAUGUCUGCCUUGUUGAAUGAAUACAUUAUUGAAUUACUCUACAAAGUUGCCUUUUUUACAGUUCCAGGUAUAAUUGUACAGUAAAAUAUAUGCAGCAAAGUGUGUUUGUGAGAUGAAAAAAGUAUGUACUAUAUGUAAAAAAAAAAAAAUUAUAAAAUAAACCUGAAUAUUUUUACCCUA